AUUAAAAUGAUACAAUGUCUUCCACUUGGAUUAGGCGUGCUUGUGAGAUGCCUAUUUCAAUGUGAACAAAAACAGCCUGUCGCAGUCACUGUGUUCUUUCCCAGUAAAGUUUCACUUGAAACUGGACAAUAUCCAAUGCUUGCAAUCCUUAGAAAUAAACGAGAAACAAUUUUAGACCAAAUAAUCAAGUAUAAUUUCAUUUUGGUGACGAAAGUCUGUCACUUUAUCUUAUACAAGCAGGUUCCCAUAAGAAAGUAGGAUAUUAUGCUAUAAGUACAAUGUUUCUGGACAGUGCAUAACUUUCAGGUCAAAGGUACAUUUUUAGCUUGCUCGUUUGCAGUGGUAAUCGUGGAAAGACAAUUACUUAGACCCGCAGAAAUGAUCAUUGAAUGGCAGCUGCCGCGGUACCCUCACAGUUACGCCUAUUUCCAAAGAAAUCGUGGAUGAGUUUCAGGUGAAACGUCUCUAACACAAAAUGGUCGGAAAUCCGGUCACCUUUCAUUCACACGCCCAGGUCAGGUUUGACUACCUUAUCGCGUUCAUUUAUCUCCAUUAAAGGUUCGAUUAGUCAGUGAAACAGGUAUUUCGGUCAGAUGAUGAUGGGCGUGCUUUGCAGGAAUGCGCCGCCCGCCCCCUCCCUUGUUUGCUCUUUGAUGGCAACGGCUUCAUUGCAAUCAAUGGGUAGGGGGAGGCCAGCGGUGGGGGCCACAGGCUGAGCAUCGGGUCUCAGCGGUCAACCGCCUUUUUAUAUGACCCCAACCCCCUACGUAUGGCGUUGCUAAGAGACCUCACAAAGACUUCUCUAAUACCUAUCCUUUAUUUGUCGAUCGCAUAAAAGAAAAGCUAAAUUAUUUGACCAUAUAGCCUAUAGGCGAUAAUAAAGGCAUGAGAUUUGUAUUAUAUAAUUAUGAGAAUAAUAAAUAUUUUAUCAUUUUUGUGUCGUUGGCUAUGUAUUUCGUUUUUUAUUGUUCUUUUAUUGCAGCGAUUAUAACGUUUAUAAUUUUCUUUAUUUGUCUCGCAGUUUGUAUGACUGUAAGGGCAGUUGCGCGCCUUGCCUUUGCUGCUAGAUGGAGCCCGAGUCCGUGAAGUGACGCGCAUUCCAGCUCCGGGCUUUACCGCGGACCAGCUCUCCCUGCUUUGCCUCCGACCGUGUUUCGCCGUGCACUGCUUCGGAAUUGGCUUGUCAUUUUUACAGAGAGCUCAAUUUUCCGAGCAAACAAUUUUAGAGUCCUUUACUGCAGGGCUUUAAAAUACGGGCGAAAACUCUGGACACCUUCCCGGGUCAAGAGUUUCCCCCCCUUUCCACAUUUCUACGCAAAAGACCUGAUGUGCCGGUGGAGGCUGCUUUCAGCUGGAGGCGGAGAGUGAUCUGGAUACAAAAUAAGGAGCUUCUCGUUUCGUUCAAUAUUUUCUUUCUCCUGAAUGGAUAUUAGCUAUUGACUGUACAUCCGUAAAGCCUGUGCGAUCCAUGUGGAGUUCAUCGAGCUAUCUGGGACCGAAGGUUCACGUUUCCGUGCCAGAAGGUAUCUGCUCCUGAAGGACAAUAAUCGGAGAGAAAAUAUAGACAAUUAUUUGAGUAAAUUCACCCUUGGCGUUUCUCAAUGGCAGGACGAGAAGGAGAUUAUUUCUACAAGCCGAUCAGCAUCUUCUGAGACGCGUUCUGCUUGAAGGAUUGAAGGAUUAUAAAUACAUCAGUAGUAGUCUGGAUUUCUUCAUUUGGUUUCUCAAAGAACCGAAGAGUUCAUCUGGACGUGAAAUGUGAUGCGUGGGACUUUUAAGGCGUUUCAGCACAGUGAGGAAGACUUAAAGACUCACAGCGGGACCAGCGUGUGAUCAGCGUGUGAUCGGCGUGUCUGCACCACGUGCGUGGGGCUGCUCAGGCCCGACUGGGACGGCUCCCUCUGGUGGCGGACCUUCAGCGGGAGGGGGAACCAUGUGGACUGCACAGCUGCUCUUUCUCAUCGCCCUCUUCACACCCGUCUCUCUGGCCUUCAUCCGUGCCCCCAUCCCUAUGGCGGUGGUGCGGAGGGAGCUGUCUUGCGAGAGCUACCCCAUCGAGCUGCGCUGCCCGGGCACCGACGUCAUCAUGAUCGAGAGCGCCAACUACGGGCGCACCGAUGACAAGAUCUGCGACGCCGACCCCGCCCAGAUGGAGAACACGCGCUGCUACCUGCCUGAUGCCUACAAGAUCAUGUCUCAGAGGUGCAACAAUCGGACGCAGUGUGCAGUGGUGGCAGGACCGGAUGUGUUUCCCGACCCAUGUCCCGGAACAUACAAGUACCUGGAGGUUCAGUACGAGUGUGUUCCAUACAAAGUGGAACAAAAAGUUUUCCUGUGUCCAGGCUUGCUGAGGGGAGUGUACCAAAGUGAACACCUCUUCGAGUCGGACCACCAGUCAGGCGCCUGGUGUAAGGAUCCCCUCCAAGCUUCGGAUAAGAUCUACUACAUGCCAUGGACACCUUACCGGACGGACACACUGACGGAGUACUCGUCCAAGGAGGACUUUAUCGCGGGCCGGCCCACCACCACGUACAAGCUUCCCCACCGCGUGGAUGGGACAGGGUUUGUGGUUUAUGACGGAGCGCUGUUUUUCAACAAAGAGCGCACGCGCAACAUCGUCAAGUUCGACCUGCGCACACGCAUCAAGAGCGGCGAGGCCAUUAUCGCCAGCGCCAACUACCACGAUACCUCACCCUACCGCUGGGGCGGCAAGUCUGACAUUGACUUGGCUGUGGAUGAGAACGGCCUGUGGGUCAUUUACGCCACGGAGCAGAACAAUGGAAAGAUAGUGGUCAGCCAGCUGAACCCAUACACGCUGCGGGUCGAGGGGACAUGGGACACGGCCUAUGACAAGCGCUCUGCCUCCAACGCCUUUAUGAUCUGCGGCAUCCUCUAUGUGAUCAAGUCCGUCUAUGAGGAUGACGACAAUGAAGCCACAGGGAACAAGAUCGACUACAUCUACAACACCGAGCUCAGCAAAGAUAGUUACCUCGACAUACCUUUUCCCAACUCUUACCAGUACAUUGCCGCCGUUGAUUACAAUCCCAGAGACAACCUGCUUUAUGUAUGGAACAACUAUCAUGUGGUGAAAUAUUCCCUGGAUUUUGGGGUACUGGAUCAAAGACCAGAAUCCUCGGCGUUCGUCCCGGUCGCUGUGGACACAACCACCGCCAAGACAACUGCCAGGUUGGCAACGGUCACCUUCUCCACCACCACAAGGGUCACUGACAUGUCCACCACCAGCCCACGGACCCGGAGUACCACCACACAGCGGCCAGCAGAGGGCAUCGUCCCAGAGGUCACCACCCGGCCCGCUCCCUCAUCCCAGCUACCCAACAUUGCCUUUGACUACUGCCACCCGCUGGAGGAGGCGGGAAUUUCCUGGCCCAAGACACACAGGGGACAGGUUGCUAGGCAGCCGUGUCCUGCAGGAACAAUAGGGACGGCCACGUACCUGUGUACCGACGCAUACUGGGACAUGCAGGGCCCGGACCUCAGCAACUGCACCUCCCCUUGGGUCAACAUCAUCACCCAGAAGCUACGCUCGGGCGAGCCGGCCUCCAUGGUGACCCGCGAGCUCUCGGAGCAAACCAAGGGGCCGCUGCACACCGGCGACGUGCUGUACACCGUCCGCGCCCUGGGCCAGCUGGUGGACCUGCUGGACGUGCAGCUGCGCAACCUCACCCCUGGGGGCAAGGACAGCGCCGCCCGCAGCCUGAACAAGCUGCAGAAGAGGGAGCGCUCUUGCCGCUUUUAUGUCCAGGCGAUGGUGGAGACGGUGAACAACUUGCUGCAGGCACACGCCGAGGCGGCAUGGAAACGGCUGUCACCCGGGGAGCAGCAGCGCGCCGCCACCAUGCUGCUGGACACUGUGGAGCAGGGAGCCUUCGUGCUGGCUGACAACCUGCUGAAGACUGACGUGGUGCAGGAGAACACCGAGAAUAUCCAGCUGGAGGUGGCCAGGCUGAGCACAGACGGGAACCUGCAGGACCUCAAGUUCCCCCAAGUCGGAGGGCACGGGAACUCCAUCCAGCUGUCGGGGAACACGCUGAAACAGCAUGGGAGAAACGGAGAGAUCAGGAUGGCCUUUGUCCUGUACAAACACCUCGGUGCCUACUUGUCUACGGAGAAUGCAAGCAUGAAGCUGGGCAGUGAGGCCAUGGCCACCAACUACACUGUCAUCGUCAAUUCCCCGGUCAUCACGGCUACCAUCAGCAAGGAGAGCAAUAAGGUGUACCUGUCGGAGCCCGUCGUCUUCACCAUCCGGCACCUGCAGCAGUCAGAGGAGAACUUCAACCCGAACUGCUCCUUCUGGAGCUACUCGAAGCGCACCAUGAUGGGGUUUUGGUCGACGCAGGACUGCCGACUGCUGGGCACGAACCGGACUCACACCACGUGCUCCUGCACCCAUCUCACCAACUUCGCUGUGCUGAUGGCCCACGUGGACGUCAAGACUGCUGACCCCAUCCACGACCUGCUGCUGGACGUCAUCACCUGGGUGGGCAUUCUGCUGUCCCUGGUCUGCCUGCUGCUCUGCAUCUUCACCUUCUGCUUCUUCCGCGGCCUACAAAGUGACCGCAACACCAUCCACAAGAACCUGUGCCUCAGCCUUUUCGUCGCCGAAUCCCUCUUCCUGGUGGGGAUAAACCGUGCAGACCAGCCGAUCGCCUGUGCUGUCUUUGCCGCCCUGCUGCACUUCUUCUUCUUGGCGGCCUUCACCUGGAUGCUUCUGGAGGGCGUACAGCUCUACAUCAUGCUGGUGGAGGUGUUCGAGAGCGAGCACUCUCGCCGCAAGUACUUCUACCUGGUGGGCUAUGGCGUGCCCGCCAUCAUCGUGGCUGCGUCCGCCGCCGUCGACUACCGGAGCUACGGCACGGACAGAGUGUGCUGGCUUCGGCUCGACACCUACUUCAUCUGGAGCUUUAUCGGUCCGGCGACCCUCAUAAUUAUGCUGAACGUGAUCUUCCUCGGGAUAGCACUCUACAAGAUGUUCCAUCACACGGCCAUCCUUAAGCCAGACUCCGGAUGCUUAGACAACGUCAAGUCAUGGGUCAUAGGGGCCAUUGCACUCCUCUGCCUCCUGGGACUGACCUGGGCAUUCGGGCUCAUGUACAUCAACGAGAGCACCAUUGUCAUGGCCUACCUUUUCACCAUAUUCAAUUCACUGCAGGGGAUGUUUAUCUUCAUAUUCCAUUGUGUGUUGCAGAAGAAGGUACGUAAGGAGUACGGCAGGUGCCUCCGUACCCAUUGCUGCAGUGGAAAGAGUGUGGAGACGUCCAUUGGCUCAGCUAAGAGCUCAGUUACCCGUACACCGGGUCGGUACUCCACAGGUUCCCAGGUGAGAGGUUCCCACACACCUGGCCGCUACUCUACAGGCUCCCAGAGCCGGAUCCGUCGGAUGUGGAACGACACCGUCAGGAAGCAGUCUGAGUCGUCCUUCAUCACAGGCGACAUCAAUAGCUCAGCAUCGCUGAACAGAGGAACCAUGGCUAACCACCUUAUAACCAAUGCUCUGCUUCGACCCCACGGCACUAACAAUCCCUAUAACACUUUGCUUGGGGAAUCGGCAGUCUAUAACAACCCGUCUGUCAGCAUGUACAACGCACAAGACCCCUACAGAGAGACAAAGGGGAUCCUGAACAAUGCCAGGGAUACAAGUGUUAUGGAUACUCUACCACUGAAUGGUAACCACGGCAACAGCUAUAGCAUGGCCAGCGGGGACUACAUGAGUGACUGCGUCCAGAUUAUAGACCGUGGCUACAACCACAAGGAGACCACUCUGGAGAAAAAGAUCCUGAAAGAGCUCGCCUCCAACUACAUCCCAUCCUACCUGAACAACCAUGAGCGAUCCACCGAGCAGAGCCGCAACCUCAUGAACAAGCUGGUCAACAAUGUCGGUAACGCCAAUGCCAACGGCAGCAGUAAGGGCGACGGCAUCGUGCUGGACGACGUCUCCUCGUUCGGCCACGAGGAGGCGCUCGGCCUGGGUCUGGAGCUCAUCCGGGAGGAAUCGGAUGCCCCGCUGCUGCCACAGCGCGGCCUGCCUGCCGAGACCCACCCACCUCCUCACCCCUUCAGCCGACGACGGGUCCCACAGGAGAACAGCGAAAGCUUCUUCCCGCUGCUCACCAACGAGGAGGCUCCGUCGCCACACCGGGACUCCCUGUACACCAGCAUGCCCACACUGGCCGGUGCCGUGGAUGACAGCGGCGACACGGAGCCGGGAGGCGUGGUCGAUGACGGCGAAUCUUCUGUGGCCAAAGGCACCGGCGACGCUGACGAUGUGUACUAUAAGAGCAUGCCCAACCUGGGCUCCAGAAACCACAUCCACCAGCUGCACACAUACUACCAACUGGGCCGGGGCAGCAGUGACGGCUUCAUCGUCCCCCCCAACAAGGAAGACUCGUCUCCUGAAGAGCCGGCCGAGGAGCCCUCCCACCUGGUCACUAGCUUAUAGACAGCCCCCUCGCCUCCUCUGUGGCUCCCUGCCCUGAUCUGUCCACUGUCAGCAGUCGUAGGCAUCUUUGUUCCCCCGUGUCUCUGUGGGAAAUGUAACAUACUCAUCUCGAUACCUACUGAAAACGGAAAGAGAAAGACCAAGUGGGACGGCCUGAUAGGUCGGUGCGUGUCUCUGUGGUGGUGAGGUCAACACAACCUGAACGCUCUAGGUUUGUGCGGCUUUUGCCCUCCAUGCUUUUUUUUUUUUUUGACAUCCCAAAGGAAUUACAAAACAAAAGAAUUAAAAAAAUGGCCUCCGAACUUUCCUCCAUUAGCUCAGUGUGUAGGAUAAACAAAACCGAAUCAGAAACUAUUUUAUUAUACUUCAGUAUCCAUACUGGCUUUUUUUAAAAAUGGCAAAACAAAAAAAAAAACUUUCUGUUUGGUAAAAUACAGCAUGUUGUGCUGUAACAUUCCUGAAAGUUAAGCAGGACGUUGUUUUCAGCAAAACAAUGAGACUCCUAUCUUCAGCGGCGUUUUUGUUUUUGUUGUUACAGUUCCAAAUGAUUCAAAAUGGGAGGUGAGAAGAAUACCAGAGAAUAAUAAGAUAUUUCUAUGUAAUUGUACAGAUACUAGCAUUGCACAUAAUAGUAUCUUUUUUCUGUUCCUACAAAAUGUUAGUGUCUAAAUGUAGUGAAUAGAGCAUUUCAUUUCUGUCGUGCAGGUCCUGCAGAUUGAGAGUGCCAGUAGAGGUAUUCUUACAGGUUCUGGUCUUGCCGGUUGGCGGUUUCACUAAGGCAGUUGCUAUUGGUUCUGGUUCUGAAGAUGCAGUUCAUGGUUCCAGUCUGGUUAUUCUCUCUUUUCCUAAAUGCAGAAAAAAAAAUCACUGAACAGACAACGAUCAUUUCUUUUUAAUUUUUUAUUUUAUUUUUAUUUAGCAGUGUAACCACCGAUGUUUUCAAAAGAGUUGUUUGGUUUUCUUCACUGUGUAGAUAAAACACAACUACAGAGGUCAUGGCAAACUAUUUUGAAAAUUGUGCUGAGAGCUAACUUCUGAAGAAUAUUACAGAUAUCCGAAGAAGGUUUUUACUCCAAGCAAGUAAGAAGUCUUCAUUUAUCGAGGGCAUGGCAGGUGUGUGCCAGACGUAGGAAACAAUGCUCCGUCGAUAAGCACUAAACAUUACGCAAAAAACAGUUUAAUUAUUAAAGAAGAACUUUUGGAGUGAGUAAACUGGAAAUGUGUUUUCUCUUUUUUCCCCAGAAAGGAAAAAUAUUUAUUUAUUUGUUAAAAAAAGACAAAAUCAAAUGGAAAAAAAUGUUGAACUUCAGGUGGUAAAGAAUUUAGCAGCACAUAUAUUAGUUUUUAUUAUUAUGAUUAUGACUUUUAUUUAUUCAUUUUGUAUGGUUUCCAAGUUGAAUGACCUCAUAACUAAUAUUUGUUGUAACAGUGAAACUUGUUUGCCAACAAAUAAAUCACUGAUUAAGAUUUACAGCA